GCUUUAAUUAUCUUUAUAAAAGUGUUUAUAAUUUUUUCGUACAUGAAAAUUGAUUGAAUGAAAUCUAGUAAACAAGAUCAAUUAUAACAUUGAAAUCAAUCGAAAAUCAAUAGUCGAUCCUAUUUUUUUAAUAGAGCAAAAAAAUCAUCGUCAUCGUAGUGAAAAGAACUUUAAUUUUUUUUCAAUAAAAAAAUGUCUAUUGAACAAAAUAUCGACAAUCUUCGGCCACCGGCUAUUGUUAAAAAUCCCGAAGAACGUAUGAAAUUUUUGGUAGAAAAAUCUAAAAAUGUUGUUGUUGAACAUUCAUUUCCAAUUCGUUUAUAUUUUUCAUCUGGUCGUCAAUUAUUACAAAUGGCCAAUACUUAUCUGGAUGAAAAGAAUAUGGAACAGGCAUUCGUUUUAUACAUGCGAUAUAUAACACUUUUUGUUGAAAAAUUACCCUUGCAUCCGCAAUAUCAUGAAAUUGAUGAAACUGAUAAACGAUCGGUUCGAGCCAAACUUAAACCAUUAUUCGGUCUUGCCGAAGAGAUAAAAAUUCGAAUAAGAAAUAAAUAUAAAGAAGAAUAUGAAAAUUAUCUUACUCAAAAGAAAAUUUAUGAUGAAAAAUUAGCUGAAGCUCAAAAAGCAUUGAUCGAACAGCGACAAAAAGCUCAACAAAAUCUCGAGGAUAAAAAAAUGCAAGAAUAUGUGAAUAAUUUACAAUCACAAAUUGAUAAGAAAAAACGUGAACUUGUCGAUAAAAAAGAUGAACAUUUGAAAGAAGAAACAGUCGAUGUGAAUGAGAUGAGCAGUGAUGAAGAAUCUUUAUCUACUUCAAUAGAUCAGCCAACAAAAACUGAAAUCCAUAAAAGACCAGUGAUCGAUCGUUCAACGAAACCAUCGAUGUCCUUGUUAGAUGAUGUUGAUCGUGAUACAUUACGUUCGAUGAUUGUACCAUUCCAAGACCUUACCAAAAAAUUUGUCAAAAUUGCUCAACCAAAUACAGAUCGCAAUGUAGAAACAUGUGGAAUAUUAUGUGGUCAAUUAAAACGUGAUAGUUUUACUAUAACACAUAUUUUGAUACCGAAACAAUCCGGAACAUCAGAUUCGUGUACAUCCAUCAAUGAAGAGGAAUUAUUAAUUGAACAAGAAAAACAUAAUCUAAUUACAAUGGGUUGGAUACACACACAUCCAACACAACGUAGUUUUUUGUCAUCAAUCGAUCUGCAUACACAUGCAUUGUAUCAGAAAAUGUUGCCGGAAGCAAUCGCUAUUGUAGUUGCACCGACCACCUCAGAGAUUCAAAUGUAUUCACUCACCGACCAUGGGCUAGAAUUUAUAUUGAAAUGUCGUGAAAAAGGAUUCCAUCCACAUGCAAAUGAACAAAAUCUUUAUCAUUCAUCUGAUCAUACAAUUAUCGAUGAUAAAUUGAAUGUUGAUGUUGUUGAUUUGCGCUGAGAGUUCUUCCUCUUUCAAAUUUCUAUUUAGUAUUAUCAAUUUUGUCGUUAUUAUAAAAUAAAAUUUUAUUCAAAACUUUUUCA